CAUGGAGGAUAUACUCACAAUUCACCCCAGUCCAAGGGUGUAAGUUCAAGUCAACAUUUCAAAAAACGAAAAUGUGAGUAUCCUCAGAAAUAAUGAACCAAUCAAUUAAAAAAUAGAAAAAUUUAUUAGGACAUAGAGCAAGACCUAACGCGUUUCGUGCCUGCUGGGGCACUUACCCAUAGGUUGAAUGGCACAUCCCUGUACACAGGUUAUAAAGGGGCUGUGACCAAUCACAAAACAACAAUCACAUGUUACCACUUUGUGCAAUCAGUAAAGAUCCACCUAGUGGUUAAAGUGCUAAUUGUUACCAACAGAUCUGUGCAAUACAAUGUGCAAAAAGAAAACGGGGGAAAUAAUAACACAAUACAUACUAAAUGUGCACCUCCAAAAAACAGGCCAUAGUUAUAUACAAAAAUAUUGAAAAUAAAUAAGGAAAAAAUAUUUUAUUUCUGGGGAUACUCACAUUUUCCUUUUUUGAAGUGUCUAUCCUACAACCAAAGUCAAUUGAAAAAUGCUGGGAGCUGUAGUGCAGUAAUUGCUGCAGGGCCUCAAGUGCUGCUGAUAAUAUUAUAAUAAGCAUCUGUACUUUGUUAUGCACCUGCAUCAAGUCAGCCAAUCCACUUUCUGGUUACAAAGCUUCAAACAUUGCUGCACUGGCCUGUUAGAAUAUAAGAAGAGCAGCUACUGGGUUCAGGCCUUAGUGGUUUCAAUACAAAGAAAAUUCCUCUCAGCCCUUUCUUAUUUCCAUCAUGGGCCAGUAUAAGACCAAUAAUCUUAACAGUGUCUAUCUAAUAUCUUUAAAAGACAGCCCUGGAUAUCAGUUCCUCUAUUGGGCCCUAGGAUUCCCAGUGCAAUGCUGGAUACAGAUACACUAGCAUAUAAUGGAUUUAGGAGGCUUUAAAGGAGCACCAUAUAUUUUCUGCAGCUUUUUUGUUGACUUCACAUUUGCUGUGAAAUUUACCAAAUCUCUUUUUUAUGUUACAGGAGAAACGGUCAUGGGCUGCAUUCGAAGCAAGUCGUGCGAAUUCGAGAAUUCACUUCAAUCAACAUUGAUCAGAGAUCCUGUGGAGAUACAUGAGAUCACAGACAUAUGUGACUCAUUGGUGGAGUUUAUAGCCACUAUAGAGAUGCCCGACCACUCGGCACAGCCAUCUUUAUUGGAAUCUCCACAUCCUGCUGAGAGUGAAGAGGACCCUGAUGAUUCCCAUAAAACCGAAGGAGCCAUUCCUCUUCACGAGCCUGAGAGCUCCGAAGAAGCAGAAGAUGACAACAGGGAUAGUGCCAGCCCCACCACCUUCAUUUGGCUUUCAUUUGAUGCAACGGUGGAAAUCCCUGUAGUCAUGGACAUUUCUGAGGCACUGGUGAACAUUUGUGUUGCUGCAAAUGUGUAUGAACCACCCCAGAUGUCAACUUUAUUGAAUGCAGAGGCUCCUGAAAGUGAUGCUGGCAUGUCCAGUAACAUCGGACACACUCAGGAGCAGACCGACGCUGAGCCAGAGGAGGACACAGAGGAUGAAGCUAAUUCUAUCUCUUUUAGUCUUCCAUUAGAUCUUCAGAAUCCUGACACUGGCUCAGAUAUAUAUGAUGGACAGGGCGCAGGAGGAGCAUCAUACAGGUAUCUCAUUUGAGGCAUAUUGUGUUGUUUUAGAUAAGAAUUCUAAGUUGUUUGUAUGUUAAAAAUAAAUCUUUAAAACCCAUUUUAACAAUUUCAUUCUAUUGUAUUUUAGCCCUAUCAAGCUUUCCCUUCCAAAUUACAACCUGGGAGAAGUGUUGGGACAAGGCAGUUUUGGAAAGGUGAGCUACUCAUUCCUUAAUUAGCUUUCAGCUCCUACUAAUUUAUCCAGAGUAAUUAAACUUUCUGUCUUACUGCAGGUGUUCCUGGCCGAGCACAAGGAGACCAGAGAAGUGUGCGCUAUAAAGGCCCUGAAGAAGAGGCAGAUAGUAAAACAGAAGGAUUUGGAAAGGUCAGUGAAACAGGACAGAUUAAUAGUGCCCAUUUCUCUCUUUUCUAUUUCCAUGUCAGUCUAAACCCACUUUCUAUUGCUUUUGGCUGCUUUUAGUAUGAGUCUCAGAUAAUGAUAAUUUGAUGUUUUACCCCACAGUGUCUUCAAAGAGAAGGAAAUCCUGCAGACCAUCAGUUGUUCUGAACACCCCUAUCUGGUUUCUUUAUACGGAACAUUCCAGACAGACAGUCACCUCUUUUAUGUCAUGGAAUAUCUGCCUGGAGGUGACAUGUUUGAGUUUGUCACAUGUGGAGAACUAGAAGAACAUGAGGCUAUGUAAGUAGAAUGGGAAUAAGGAAGUGUUCACAGGGAAUCAGAACUGGAUUAUGGGAUUGUGCAACUUUUUGGGUCAAUUUCUAUAUCCAUAUAAAAUGUUAAUUGGAUUCUAAUUAUUUUUUCUAUUCAGGUUUUAUUCUGCAUGUGUAGUGCUUGGCCUGGAGACAUUGCACCAUCUUGGCAUUGUUCAUAGGUAAGCAUUAAUAGCAGUAAAAUGAUUCUUAUUUCCAGAAGGAGCUGGUAACAUUGCUAAGAACAUUACUCUUUAUGUGUAGUAUUAGAAGUAUAGGUAUCAUUGUAUCAUUUAAA